AUGCCUCAGCGUAGACCAUUAAACGACAACAACAGAAGCAGGGCCAUUGCAUGGCUAGAGGAUGGUGAAUCCUUAAGAAGCGUUGGUCGUCGUCUUCAGGUGUCCCCUUCCGUCAUUCAUAGGCUGAGGGAACGGUUCCAAACCACUGGCCGAGUACAAGACAGAGCUCGGUCAGGAAGGCCACGAAAAACGACAAGGGCAGACGAUCGAUAUGUUGUACUCCACGCCCUUAGGAACCGCUUCACAACUGCCAGUGCUCUACGGCUGCAGCUCAGACAUGCAACAAACACAAACGUCAGCAUCUCAACCAUCUGGAACCGUCUCAGAGCUGCUAAUGUACGGUCACGUCGUCCAGCGGGCAGUUUGACUGGAUUGAGGUACCGGGAUGAGAUUCUGCGUCCUCUGGUUCUUCCAGCUUUGAACACCAUUGGUGCCGGAGCACAGCUUCAAGAUGACAAUGCAGACCACAUCGAGCUCGAAUCAUUAGAGACUUCUUGCAACAAAGUAAUGUGA